GGAGGGGGAGGCUGCUGGCGGUGGCUGACCCUGCGCGGCGAGGGGCGCGGGCGCUGGGGGCGUUAGCUGCGCUUCGGGUGGUGCGGACCAUGGCCCCGUCCCCGGCGUCUGGCGCCGGGGGAUGGGACCGUGCGGGCCGGGAGAAUGACGGCGGUUGGGAGACACGAGUGGACCGCAAGGCCCGGAAGCCCCUGGUGGAGAAGAAGCGGCGCGCGAGGAUCAACGAGAGUCUGCAGGAACUGCGGCUACUGCUGGCCGGCACCGAGGUACAGGCCAAGCUGGAGAACGCCGAGGUGCUGGAGCUGACCGUGCGGCGCGUGCAGGGCGCGCUGCGGGGCUGGGCGCGUGGUGAGUGGCAGCAGGACAUGCGGGCUGGGACACGGGGCACGUUUGCCCACCUGCCCUUGGCAGGGCUCGAGCAGCUGCAGGCAGAAGCCAGCGAGCGCUUCGCCGCCGGCUACAUCCAGUGCAUGCAUGAGGUGCACACGUUCGUGUCCACGUGCCAGGCCAUCGACGCCACCGUGGCCGCCGAGCUCCUGAACCACCUGCUGGAGUCCAUGCCUCUGCACGAGGGCAGCAGCUUCCAGGAUCUGCUGGGGGACGCCCUGGCCGGGCCCCAGGGAGCCCCUAGGAGAAGCAGCUGGCUCACAGGAGGGGCCCCGGGGUCCCCACUACCCAGCCCCCCACCCCCUGGGGACGACCUGUGCUCUGACCUGGAGGAGGUCCCCGAGGCUGAACUGAGCCGUGCACCUGCUGAGGGGCUGGACUUGGCGCCCCCUGCCCCGGGCAGCCUUACUACUGCCCGUGUAGCUCAGAGCAUUUGGAGGCCCUGGUGACCGGUGCCAGCCAGCCAGGGUUGGGCCCAGCCUUCCCACCUCUAGACCCUCCUCCCUGGGGUCUAGAUGUGGUGGGGCAGGGUCCUGGAUGUCUGCCUUCCUAGUGGAUGGCUUGUAGGGCAGUCCUGGAUGGCCAGUUGGGCCAGGCCCCUUGCCUUGUCCUUCAGGGAAUAACUUCUGGUGCCCCACCUCUGGGAGGGUGGAGGGAGGGAGCUACAGGCAGGAGGAAGAAUGUUCUAGAGCUUCCAGGGCUCUCCAAGGUUCACCUGGGUGCAAGCCUUUCAGGCAGUGUGUGGAUGUGGGGCAGAGGUGACAGAGUGGGGCUGAGCCUCUCCUCGGUGCUGGGAACGAGCGUUGGGGCCGAGGGAGACCUCGGGCCCUGGCGGCCCUGGCCUGAGCAGAAGGUGGAGCUUGCUGCUUCAGCUGGGGCGCGGCGGAGGCGCGUGCAGAAGUGCCUGCAGCUGCCGGAGAGAAGCCGGGCUUUCUGUGCGUCCUGCAGUCAGCACACUUGAGUGUGUUCGGUUGCUACCCAGUGCUCCAAUUCUGUUAAAUAAAGGACUUCGGAGUGUUU